AUGAAGAGUUGCAGCUUAGAUCUAUGCCUAUCUCCAAUGACCUCUACGCUUCAAUCUUGUCGCCGAGAUUCUACGGUACUUAGUGUUCGAUCUUCAACCAUAAGAUCAUCCGAGGAAGCCAAUGAAUUCUAUAAUGGGAGAUUACGCGAGUACGAUCUCGUAGAGAUUCAGAAUUUGAUAUUGAUGAUGAGUGAAAAACAUACAUGA